AUGAAUUCAUACGAAAGUUUAAAAACUAUUCGAAUCCCUGUGGAGGUGAAGAAGCACGUUUCUCAUGGAUCAACAGCUUCUACCAACACAUCACUAGAAGAUCAAAUAGUUCACCAACUAAUGAAUUACAGUGAAGAUGCCGUUGUAAAGGGCUACCUUUCCCUCCACGUGCCACUUCCACCUAAUCUUGUAAAUUAUUCGAAAGAUUUCUCAACCGAUCCACAAACUUUAGAACAAUUCAUGAGUGAUUCCAAUCCAAGAAUUGAAACUUGUAAGCCACGCCAUCAAGAUAGACAACACCAACAUGAAAUUAAGAGAGUUUCUGCAUCGAUCAAGAGCCAAGUUGAAAAACAAAGUCAACCAGAAAACAAGGUUGACAAAAGUCAAUGGAUUGCCAGGGCAAUGAAGAGAAAUCCACAUAUAUUGGCUUUAUUGGAAAGGUCUCGUCCACUGAAUAAUCAACCAUCCCUAUCAAUGAUCAAACCAAGACAAUCAUCAACAAAUUCUAGUCAACCGACAAGUGAAACUAAUUCUCCAAGAAGUACUGCCUCUCCAACAGUUGCCACUGAUCACAAUCCAGGAGGAACUGUUAAUAUGGAUCUACUCUCUUCAAAGGGAAGAGAUUCAAUGAAGUCAUCACUCACAGAAUCACCAAACUCUAGCUCUCAUAAUUUGCUCAAGUACAUGUCAGCUGUUCAAGUUGACCAACAGAUUGUGACCAAUAUUGAAGAAAAGAAGAGCAUUUUAGACUAUUCCACCUUCUUGGGAACUGUUGAAAAUAAGGAAGUUCUCCCUCGUGAAGGAUUACUUCAAAUCAUUUAUCAAUUCAUGGCUCAGAAAGGUUAUUACAAUACCAUUAAGGAAAUGGAAAAGGAAACUGGUAUAAAAUAUAAUGGUUUCAGAUCUGAGAAGGCUUCUAAUAGGGAUACUCUGAUGGAAACUCUACUAAGUCUCGGAAUUCAAGAUGCUGAAAAUCCAUAUCAAUUACCACCUUCAGAUUUUGUGAAUGUUAACAAAGAUAGUGAGAUUCCAACGGCAAGCAUUCAUCAUCAUUACGAUCCAAAGUUCGUCAAGGAAAUGCAAAUACCAUUGUGGGAAGAGUUAGCUCAAUCUGAUGAAGAUUCAAUUGUAAUGGAGGGAAAGGAAGUCAAAGCAGCAACCCUUAAUAGACUGAUUGAAAUGGUGACAAGCACUGAAGCAGAUACCAAGAUUGGAAUUCAAAGUUUCUUGGUGACUUAUCGUUCUUUCACUGAUCCUGGAAUUCUUUUGAAGAAAUUAUGUGAAAGAUAUCAAGUUCCAAAUCGUAUUCCAUCCAGUGAGAGAAUUCAGAUCCAAUUGAGAACUAGUGCUGUUUUCAUCAAAUGGAUUGAAGAUUACUUCUCAUGGGAUUGGAAUGAUAACAUGAUUUAUGAAUUCUUGCUAUUCAUUGACAAGUAUAUUAUGAAAGAUAAGAAAAUUGUGGGAGACAAACUCAAACAGAAAUUAGCUCAAAAAUUAGUUUUCAAGAGUAAGGACAAUACUCUGGUAUUUAGUGAACAGUUUAUUUAUCCAGAGGUUCCAAAAAAUGUAUUCUCUUCCAAGUUAUCUAUUUGGGAUAUUAAGGAUGAAGAGUUGGCAAAGCAAUUGACAUUUAUGGAUCAUAACAUUUAUAGAAAUAUUGAACCACAUGAAUUGUUGGAUUGUGCUUGGUCAAAGGCAAAUCUUAGACAUAGAGCAAAGAAUAUUCUUCAAUCCAUUUCGUAUGUAGAAACCCUAUCAAAUUGGUUAGAAUGUCAAAUUGUAAGAGAAGAAUCUUUGAGAGAAAGAAAGAUGAAACUUUCCAGAUUGAUGAAACUUGCCAUUCUCAUGAACAAGCUCAACAAUUUCAAUUCUCUAAUGGCACUGUCUUCCACCUUCAACAAAUCCUCAGUACAUCGUCUCAAAUUUACAAUUGCAGAAAUAGACGAAACUCUAAAAAAGGAAUUUGAUGAAGCCAUUGCCAUUGUCGAUCCAAAGAAACAGAAAAACUAUUCCACUCUUCGUAAUCACAUCAAGAAAGUUGCCAAACCUCCACUAAAUGUCUUCCUAGGAGUUUAUCAAACCGAUCUCAUCAUGAUUGAGGAAGGAAAUCCUGAUUUCACAUCCAAUUCCAAUGAAAGAACAUUAAUUAAUUGGAAGAAGAGAAGAUUAGUAGCAACUACCAUAUCAGAAGUGAUGGAUUUCAAGAAUCCACCGUAUAACAUUAGACCAGUUCAACAAAUUCAAGAAUUAUUGAGGACAACUUUUGAAAAUCAUGACAUUACUGAUGUGUAUGAUAUUUCAAUGCAAGUUGAGCCUAGAAAUACUGUUAGAAAAGAAGAUUUAGUUCCAUAAAUGUUUCAAAAUAAACAUGCUUUACAAUUUA